UUAAAAUGAGUUUGUGAGUGUUAUCCUGUGACAAUGUAACAGAUUGACUAGAGAGAAAGAAAGCAGUUAGUUAUCCAACCAAAGCAAGAGAGGAUGGAGUUAUGUUCCAUUUCUUCCUCAACUCCACUUGUUCAAAUUUCAUCUUCAAACAUCAAAUUUGCUGCUGCUGCUUCUAAAUCUUGUCUUUUCUUCCCUGUUUCCAAUAUCGUAACUACCAAACCCAUGUUAUUCACAUCACAAAAUAAAAAGAAACUAUACUACUGCAAGCAUUCCUUUUCUUCAACCACCGCAUUUCCCAACAAGAAGACAGUCAUAACAUGUGCAGUUGCUCCAACUCAUUCUGCAAUUGAGCCUCUUCCUGCUGAUAUCCUUGUUACUGAAUCCCCUGAACCCAAUUCCAGAGUUAGACUGAGCGUGGAAGUUCCACGUGCUGUGUGCGAGGAUUCAUACCAGAGGGUCUUAAAUGAGUUUAUGAAACACGCAAAGGUUCCUGGAUUUCGCCCUGGAAAGAAUGUUCCAGAGAAUAUUAUUGUAAAUUAUGUUGGAAAGCAAAAUGUACAAAAGGCUGUAAUUGAGUCUAUUUUGAAAAGAACACUGCCACAUGCCAUGUCUUCGGUAGAUGGACGCGCUUUAAAGGACUCGGUCCAUAUUGCAACAAAAUUUUCUGAAAUGGAAAAGACAUAUUCCUCCCUGAAGAAGCUAAUAUAUGAUGUUGUUGCCGAUGUCGCCCCAGAAGUCAAAUGGGUUUCCGAGGAUGCAUACAAGCAUUUGAAAAUUGUUGUUGAGAUAGACAGUGAAAUUGAUGCUCAAAGGACCUCCGAAGAAGAACUACGACGUCGUCACAAGUCUCUUAGUGUACUGAGAAUUGUGACUGAUAGAGGACUACAGAUUGGUGAUGUUGCAGUCCUCGAUAUAUCUGCAAGUACGGUUGAGCAAGAUGGAUCUAGUGCUCAAAGAAUUCCUUCUGCAGAGACCACAGGCUUUAAUUUUGAUACAGAAGAUGGAGAUAAAGUUCUGCCUGGUUUCCUUGAUUCAAUAAUCGGAAUUCAACGAGGUGAAACAAAAUCAUUUCCUCUUGUUUUUCCUGAAUCAUGGAGACAGGAAAAUCUCCGCGGUGUGCAUGCCCAAUUUACAGUUGAAUGUAAAGAACUCUUCUAUAGAGAUUUUCCGGAACUGGGUGAUUCCAUUGCUGAUAAACUUCUUCCUGGAUGCAGUACGCUAGAAGAGGUGAAGAAAGCCUUGCUGGAAAGAUGUCUAGAGGUGGAGAAAACAGCUAAAGAGCAAGCAACUGAUAAUGCCAUUCUCGACCAACUAACGAAGUUGGUUGAAGUCGAUGUACCUCACUCCUUGUUUGAGGAGCAAGGCAGACAGUUCUAUGGAGCAAAAUUGUUAGAACUACAGGGAAGCGUGAAACUAAAUGAAAAUCAGUUGGCAUCUCUAACAAGUCCGAAGGCAGUCAACGAGUAUCUGGAAAGCCAGAAGGAGAAUAUAGUAAAAGUGAUAAAGCAGAAUAUGGCUGUUGGAGACAUUUUCAAACGUGAAAAUUUGCAGUUUCCAACAGAGGAACUGGUGAAGGAGGUCGAAAAUUCGAUCGCCGAGUUCAAACGCCAGAACCAAGAAUAUGACGAGGAGCGUGUGAAGGAUCAGGUGGAAGACAUUCUGGAAGGGGCAAAAGUACUGGAAUGGUUGAGAGAGCAUGCAGAGGUGGAGUACAUAACCAGAUGAUAGAGUUCAAUUUACCUUGUGGUGUGGAGAACUAAGGCUGUUUCACUCAUCAAAAUCAUUUUGUAGCACUAGGAAAUGCUUGGAUUCACCUCACUGUUAAAAUAAUAGAUAGAUAUAGAAAUCAUUACUACUCUAGACUGCAUGAGUCCUCCCACAUUGCUGUCAACUAAUAACUGCAAUCAGAUAUAUGUCUUUAUUUUUGUGUGGGAAAUGCGAGAGAUCCCGAAAUUUUUUCA